AUGGAUCGUUUUUCUUCCCCUCAUCUCAAAAAACUUCGUAGAGAAAAAGAGAAGCUGUACAAGACAAAGAAUAAAUCUGGUCUUAAGAAGAUAAACACCCAAAUUAAAUCUGAAAUCAAGAGACUAAACAACAUUUAUAAUCAAACAAUACUAUCUUGUAAAACCUCAGAAAACAUAUGGAAGCUUUUUAGAGAAAUUACUGGUUGUGGUAAGCAUAAUAAUUUUGCCUCUUCUAUUGAUGUAAAUACUCUCAAUAGAUCUUUCAUCCGCCCUCCAAAUGUCCUUUCUGCCUUCAAUUUAACUAAUAACACGACCAGUGACUUUCAUCGUUUCAAUACUUCUGAUGUUCUUAAAUGUUUGAAAUCUCUUAAACCUUCCCAGAGUCUAGGCCCUGAUGGUAUACCUGCCAUUGUUUUAAAGAAAUGUGCUGAUAUUUUAAGUAACCCACUUACAAGCAUUUUCAAUACUUCUUUUUCUAAUAAUAAUGUACCUUCUCUGUGGAAAGAUAUUAAAAUCAUCCCUGUACCCAAGUCUGGUUCUGGAGAUAGUGUUAAGUUUAGACCAAUUGCCAUUACCUCUCCUUUUUGA